GGUGACAAUAAUAUGACUAUUUCAAAGAUUGAAGCUUAUACAAUUUUGGACUCCAGAGGUCUUCCCACUGUCGCAGUUGACUUAACCAUUAAAAAUGGUCUAGUUUUCCACGCAGCAGUACCAUCUGGUGCUAGUACUGGUAAAUAUGAAGCAUUAGAACUUCGCGAUAAUGACGAAUGCUAUUUUCUCGGAAAAGGAGUGAAUACUGCUAUUAACAACAUAGAAAACAUUAUCGCACCUGCUCUUAUAAAAUCGGGACUCAAAGUUACUGAGCAAAGAGCCAUUGAUGAUCUUAUGAUUAAAUUGGAUGGAACUCCAAACAAAUCUAAGCUUGGUGCCAAUGCUAUAUUGGGAGUUUCAAUAGCUGUAACUAAUGCGGGUGCUCGACAGGAAGGCAUUCCUCUUUACAAGCACAUAGCUAACUUAGCUGGAAACAAACGAAUUGCUUUGCCUGUUCCAGCUUUUAAUGUAAUAAAUGGUGGUUCCCAUGCAGGAAAUAAGUUGGCUAUGCAAGAAUUUAUGAUUCUGCCUACUGGAGCAAGAUCUUUCUCUGAGGCUUUGCGAAUGGGGUCAGAAGUUUACCAGAAUCUGAAGAAUGUCAUUAAGGAUAAGUAUGGAUUGCAUGCCACAUUAGUUGGUGAUGAAGGUGGUUUUGCUCCAAAUAUUAUCGAUAACAAAGAAUGUUUACGGUUAAUUGAAACAGCUAUCAAAAAGGCGGGAUAUGUGGGAAAAAUUAAAAUUGGUAUUGACGUUGCUGCUUCUGAGUUCUACGUUGAUGGAAUGUACGAUUUAGACUUUAAAAAUAAAUCUGCCAGUAAAGAUAAGACAAAAAUUGUAUCAGCUGAUCAAUUAUUAGCCUUUUACCAAGAAAUAGUAAAUGAAUUCCCAGUCAUAACAAUUGAAGAUCCAUUUGAUGAAAAUCAUUGGGAGGCGUGGACUAAAUUUACUAAAUCCACUAACAUCCAGGUUGUUGGCGAUGAUUUAACUGUGACCAAUCCAAUACGUAUUACCAAAGCUAUUAAUAAAAAAGCGUGCAACUGCUUGUUGCUUAAAAUCAACCAGAUUGGUACUAUAACUGAAUCCAUUGAUGCACAUCUGUUAGCUAAAAAGAAUGGAUGGAGUACGAUGGUAUCUCAUCGUUCAGGAGAAACUGAAGAUACAUUCAUUGCUGAUUUAGUUGUUGGAUUGGGUGCUAAAGAAAUCAAGGCUGGCGCCCCUUGCCGUUCAGAACGUAACGUCAAGUAUAACCGUCUAAUUAGAAUUGAAAGAGAAAUAAAAAAAGAAAAAGAAAAAGAAAAAGGAAAAAAACCAAAAGAAACCGUCGAAGAUAACUCAAAUGGUUUGGAUAAUUGUAUAUAUCUAGAAAUCAGUGCAAAGAUAAAAACAAUUAAUUGGUCGUUGAACUUAUGCAUAAUGAAUUUAUUCAAGCCUACAAAAAUCAUGCUCGAAAUAUUUUUGUUUGUUAAAAUUUCUCGAAUGACCCUGUGUGUCACGAUCACAUUACUGGGUAUCGGUAAAAUCGGGGUUUUGUUUGAUGCGCCAUCUCAUUAA